AUGGCUCCGAUUAAUGAUGCGAUUGCAGAUUUAGAUUCGCGCAAUCCAGAAGAACGAUACACGCUUAAAGAAGUUGCUGAAAAAUGGGGAGUCAACCGACCAACGCUCGGGCGAAGAUGGAUGCGCAUGACAACGUCCAGAAGCGAUAAAAACAGACAGCAGCAAGCUCUCAGCCCACAACAAGAACUAGAGCUCAUCAACUAUAUCACGAAGCUAGACUUUUUCGAGGUACUAAUCUUAUUCUACUUCAACCAGACGUAG